AUGGAUCCUCAUCAUCGUCCUCUCUCUCCCUCGCGCGCCGCGACCCCCCCCCCCCCUUCCUUCUCUUUUCCCUUCUCCUUUCCCUUCUCCUUUCCUUCUCUUUUCUCUUUUCCUUCCGCCGUUCCCUUCCGUCUUUCUUUCCGCCGCAGCCCAGCCGCCCCAUCCUUCCCCUUCUCUCCGUUCGCCAAGCAAAACCGCCACCGACCGACCUCCAUUCCUCUUCUCCUUCCCGUUCGCAGCCCCGCCGCAAACCGUCGCCUCACUUCCCUUCCAUUUUCUUCUUCCGUUCGCAGCCCUGCCGCAACCCUUCCCUUCCAUUUUCCUCUUCUCUUCAGUUCGCAAAGCAGCCGUACACGUCCAGAUCUGCCGCCGUCCAGAUCUGCACCGCAAGACCGCCCGUUGCCCUUCCGCCGCUGCCCGGUCCAGAUCUGCACCAUUUUCGCGUCUUGUUCUGUCUCCGUCGAAGCCGAGCCACCGUGUGAAGCAGUAACCGCCACGUCUGCCGCUCACAACCGCCGUCCACCGAUCCCUUCUCCUCCGUUGUCUGCACUGCCGCGCCGGAAGCCUGGUUUCAGCCAGCCUCUGUCGUCGUUGAGACGUGCCUUUUCACUUUACGAUCAGAUCAAUCUCAUCGACAAUGUCCCUAAAGAUCAGCUUCGUUUUCAACGGUAUACUGAGACGGGGUUCACUGUGAAUGGAGUGGAUUAUGAGGGCAGCUUGCUUUGUGUUGGGAAUUUGUUGAUGUCUUGGACUCCUAAGAAAUUUUCGGAAAUUACGUCUGAUAGGUUUGCUUUUCUUGUUCCUAACUUACAAUACUCAAUUUACUUCCUUUGUUCUUUUUGGUGA